CCCAUUUCAGCUCUGCCGAGAGGAGCAAGCUGAGCAGAGACGAUCAUUUCCAGGUGGACACAAAUCUGACAGGCAGGAAGGAAGGGGUAAAAAGAGGAGAGAUAUAGAGAGGGAAAGCAACAGCUGCCAAGGAAGUAGGCCUAAAGCCACGCCAAGGGGCGGCAGUGACGACCAGUGUGGAGUAGCGGGGAGUGGUGACUCCCACCCACCGCAACCGUGUCCCACAGGGGCCAAGGCUCAGGCUACCUGAAUGAAGAUGAGUGAACCGGUGAAAAAUGAGGAGAGUUCAGUCUUUCCAGAAUCCAGCUGUGUGUCUCUAAAGAGUGACUGGUCCAGAGAGUCUCCUCCAUACUUCAGUAAUGAACCUGGACCCUCAGACACAAAAAUCUUUAAGCAGUUCACCACCUCAGAUCCGGACCAGUCUAAUUCAUUAGGAGACUCGUGGUCCCAGUGUGGAGAGCGACCGAAAACAAAACCUGGACUUCAGACAGACAGUCAGACCAUCACUGUGCAAACAGAUGCUGUCCUGAAUGAGAUUUUAAGUGAACAUAAAAUCAGUCUGAGGAGAAGAUGUGAAUGGGCGAAUGAAGGAACACAUGAAACAGGAAGUGGAAUUCUCCUCAAAAAAAUCUAUACAGAGCUCUAUGUCACAGAGGGACAGAAUGACGAGGCUGAUAGGCAACAUGAGGUAUGGAAGCUUGAAGCAGAUUCCAGGAUGGAUGUCCUCUAUGACACUCCAAUUAAGUGUCAUGACAUCUUUAAAGCCUCACCUAAUCAACAGAGACCCAUCAGAGUGGUUCUGACCAACGGGAUUGCUGGCAUUGGAAAAACCUUCUUAGUUCAGAAAUUCACUCUGGACUGGACAGAGGGCUUGGAAAACCAGCAUGUUAGUGUGGUGAUCCCACUUUCCUUUAGGGAGUUGAACUUGAUCAGAGAUGAGCAGUACAAUCUUCUUGAGUUACUCUACAUUUUCUAUCCAGUAUUACAGAAAGUGACAGCAGAAAUGUUCACUGUCUGUAAUUUUUUGUUCAUCUUUGAUGGUCUGGAUGAAAGUAGAUUUGCAUUUGAUUUCAUCAACAGGACGGUUGUGUCUGAUAUUACACAAAAGUCAUCAGUCAGCGAGCUGCUGACAAAUCUCAUAGAGGGGAAGCUGCUUCCCUCGGCUCUUGUCUGGAUAACUUCUCGACCUGCUGCAGCCAAUCAGAUCCCGCCUACAUGUGUUGACAGGCUGACAGAAGUACGAGGCUUCACUGAUUCCCAGAAGGAGGAGUACUUCAGGAGGAGAUUCAGUAACGAAGAGCUGUCCCGUAGAGUCAUCUCCCACAUGAAGACUUCCAGGAGCCUCCAGAUCAUGUGCAGAAUCCCAGUCUUCUGCUGGAUCACUGCUACAGUUCUGGAGCACAUGUUGACCAUGGAGGAGAGAGGAGAGCUGCCCAAGACCCUGACUGACAUGUACUCACACUUCCUGCUGGUUCAGACAAAGAGGAAGAAGAACAAGUAUCAUGAGGGACAUGAGACAAAUCCACAGGAGCUGAAGAAGACUGACAGGGAAGUUCUUCUAAAGCUGGGGAGGCUGGCUUUUGAACAUUUGGAUAAAGGAAACAUCCUGUUUUACCAAGAAGACCUGGAACAGUGUAGUCUAGAUGUCGCAGAUACUUCCGUGUACUCAGGAAUUUGCACAGAGAUCUUCAAAAAAGACUGUUCAAUCCUACAGAAGCCUGUAUACUGCUUUAUUCACCUGAGCAUUCAGGAGUUCAUGGCUGCAGUCUAUAUGUUCCACUCUUACACCAACAGGAAGACAGAGGUAUUGCAAGUAUUCCUGGGGAAAAACUGGGAGUAUCAAGACAGUAAUUCUGAUAGUGAUGAUUCUGAUGGUGAUACUGAAUUAUUUUCCAAGUCUGAUUAUGUUAUCCCUUCCCCAGUGGACUUCCUUACAAUUGUGAUGGAGAAAUCCCUUGAAAGUACAACUGGCCAUUUGGACCUGUUUGUUCGCUUCCUUCAUGGCCUCUCUCUAGAAUCCAAUCAGAGACUCUUAAAAUCCCUAUUAGGUCAGGCAGAGAUCUGCCCAGAAAUGAUCCAGACAGCCAUGAACAACCUGAAGGAAAUUAACACUCACAAAAUCUCUCCAGACAGAAGUAUCAACAUCUUCCAUUGCUUGAUGGAAAUGAAUGACCUUUCAGUGCAUCAGGAGAUCCAAGAGUUCCUGAAGUCAGAGAACCGAUCAAAGAAACUCUCUGCAAUUCACUGCUCAGCACUGGCCUACAUAAUGCAGAUGUCAGAGGAAGUUCUGGAUGAUUUGGAUCUGACAAAUUAUAACACAACAGUGGAGGGACAACAAAGGCUGAUCUCAGCUGUGAGGAACUACAGAAAGGCUCAACUUUCUGGCUGUGGACUUUCAGAGAUUCACUUCAAGCUGUUAGCCUCAGCUCUGAAGUCAAACCCCUCCCAUCUGAGAGAACUGGACCUAAGUGAGAAUUAUUUGCAAGAUUCAGGAGUGAAGCUGCUUUCUGCUGGACUGAAGAGUCCACACUGUAGAUUGGAGCGGCUGAAACUUAAGAAAUGCAAACUGUCAGAGAGUUGCUGUGUGAUACUGGCAUCAGCUCUAAAGUCCAACCCAUCCUAUUUGAAGGAGCUGGAUUUGAGUGACAACUCACUGCAGGAUACUGGAAUGAAACGGUUGAUAGCUGAACUGGAAAGCUCAGAUUGCCAACUUGAAAAUUUGAGACUGAAAAACUGUAGGUUGAUAGAGACCAGUCGGUAUCUAAUCUCAUUUCUGAAAUCUAAUCUGAGAGAGCUGGAUCUGAGUGACAACAAUCUGCAGGAUUCAGGAGUGAAGCAUCUGUCUCUAGGACUGGAGAAUCCAAAGUGUAAACUGGAGACACUCAGAUUGCAGUCCUGCAGGUUGACAUGGAUAAGCUGUGCUUCACUGGGUUCAGCUCUGAAGUCUAACUCCUCCCAUCUGAGAGAGCUAGACCUAAGUGUCAACAGGCUACAGGAUUCAGGGGUUAAGCUGCUUUCUGCUGCACUGGAGAGAUUUUGUUGUAGACUGGAAACUCUAAGGCUGUCCAGAUGUCAGAUUACAAAUGAAGGUUGUGCUUAUCUGGCCUCAGCUCUCAAAUCCAACCCUUCCCCUUUGAGAAUCCUGGAUCUGAGUCACAACAAUCGCCUAAAGGAUUUGGGAGUGAAGCACCUGUGUGGUUUGCUAGAGAGUCCAAACUGUAGACUGGAGAUUCUGAGUCUGAGGUUCUGCAGUUUGUCGGAUGUCAGCUAUUCUUCUUUGGCUUUGACUCUGAAAUCCAACCCCUUCUAUCUAAAAGAGAUAGACCUGAGGCUAAACAAUCAUCUGACGGGCACUGGAAUGAUGCAGCUGUCCAGUCUCGUGAAGAGUCCAGAAUAUAGACUGGAGACUCUACGGUUUUAGACACUGUUGAAACACUCCACGUCUUCAUGGAAGACUGCUACCAAAUGGAAGAAUAAUUUUGAUUCCACAGUUUUGUUUCUUUUUUUUGACAACCCUAUCCAAAGUGUGACUUUAGCUAUUCAUACUCAUUCGAGAUGAAAUAAUUCACAUAUAUACUUUGUUAGCAGUUCAUAGUAGAAGAAUAAUAUGAAUUUACUGCUACUGCCUGUAAAUUCAUUUGACAGCGCCAUGACAUGACAGGGAUGUCUUAAAGGGAUAUCUUAAAAGCUAAAUUUGCCUAAAAUAAAGUCAAAUCUGUUUCUUGACAGCAGCUCAAAGAAAAAUAUCAGAUUUCCUGUGCCUUUGAAAGACUGAUCAAUCUUUUUGUGACUAGGCAGCUCUUUCGAGCUGGCCCAACUCACUUUUGUAAUUUUCCUUUUGGAACCUUGGUUUAUCUGUGAGCUCUCCAAAUGCUGGAAAAUUUAUGUUACUUUCUUGUUUCCAUCUUGUUGGUGUGUUGAUACCUGUUAUGAAUAUCAAUUACUAUGAAAUAUGAGUGAAUAAAUAACAUUUAUUACAUUACAAACUUUUUUUUUUAAUUUUCAUUCAAUUUCUUUUAGAAUUUUAUGCUACUCAGGUCCUCACUUAAGUACU